AUGGAAUCGAAUCAAGAAGGCAAAGUGAUUCGAGAGAUUGACGAAAACGUUGUCCUCGCCAACAACGACCACUGCUCACUGGUAACCAUGACCCGUAUAACCGAUCCGGAUCCGGAAACCGACCCGGGUAUGCUCAUGAAGAAAGAAGACCAAAUAAGGAAACAAGAGGAAGUCGGAUUUUUGCAGCCGAUGACGAAUUCGCUUAUCCACCAGGGCAAACCGGCACCGAAGAGACCGUCUAAAGACCGUCACACGAAAGUAGAAGGUCGUGGUCGGAGGAUCCGAAUGCCCGCCACUUGCGCCGCUCGGAUCUUUCAAUUGACCCGUGAGCUCGGCCAUAAAUCCGACGGAGAAACCAUUCGGUGGCUUCUCGAACGCUCCGAAUCGGCGAUAAUCGAAGCAACGGGAACCGGAACCAUACCGGCGAUAGCUGUCUCCGUCAACGGAACCCUAAAAAUCCCGAGAAACUCUCCGCCGCAGCUUCAAAAUGACGGCGGCUCCGGUGACCUAACGAGGAAACGGAGGAAGAGAAACUGUUCGAGUGAGUUUGUAGACGUUAACGAACAAGACAGUUCCGUUACUUUUGGUCUUGCUCCAAUUACGGCGUCAAAUUACGGAGUCAACGUCAUGAACCUCAAUACGCAGAACGUGGUACCGUUUUGGCCGCUCGUUACUAGUGGGCCGAAUCAAACGGGCCAUAUGUGGGCCAUACCCACCGUUGCUGCUACCGCACCGUUUCUGAACGUCUGUACUAGACCGGUCACUAGUUACGUCUCAAACGCUUCAGCCGUUGCUCAAACGCAGACAGAAACAAACGGCGGUGCGGCGCAAACGCUGAGGGAUUUCUCGUUGGAGAUUUGUGACAAAAAAGAGCUUCAGUUUUUGGGUGGGUCGGGAAACACAUCGCCUUCUUCGUGUCAGAAGACCUAG